AUGACGUUCAACCCAUCCAAGUGCAAUGUGACGCAUAUGUCUUGGAAAAAGGUCUGCUUUUCCGCUUCACUCCAAUACCACCUGAACGACAAGCCCCUAGAAAGUGUGACACACAUCUCUGACGUGGAUGUCAUGGAAUGUAAAGACCUCUUCUGGGCUAACCAUAUUGAAGACAUAUGCACCAAGGCCAAUAAAACGCUUGGUCUAAUUAAGCUGGUGUGUGCUAGAGACAUUGUGGAUGCCAAUACGCGGAAGUUUCUCUAUCCUGCUGUUGUACGAUCUAAGCUUGAGUACGCGUCGUGUGUGUGGUCACCUUACUCGGCCCAUCAAC